AUGAGCAAUGAUACUGCCUUCCCUCCUAAUUUAUUGCCUGAUGAGGCUAGUCCAGACUGGUUUAACAAAGCUGACAAUGCAUGGCAACUAACAGCAGCAACACUCGUUGGUUUACAAAGUAUUCCAGGGCUAAUGAUUCUAUAUGGUGGUGGAGUGAAGAAAAAAUGGGCAGUAAAUUCAGCGUUUAUGGUACUCUAUGCAUUUGCUUGUGUGAUGUUUUGUUGGGUUACAUGGGGCUAUCGAAUGUCUUUUGGCUCUAAGAUUUUACCAUUUUGGGGAGAGGCUAAUGUUGCUCUUGACCAAAAAUUUCUUCUUGAUCCAGCAUUUCUUGGAAAGUUCCCCAGUGCAACAAUGGUGUAUUUCCAAUCUGUUUUCGCAGCCAUUACUUUGAUUUUGAUCGCCGGCGCAGUGUUAGGGCGGAUGAAUUUCUAUGCCUGGAUGAUUUUUGUUCCUCUAUGGCUAACGUUUUCGUAUACUUUCACAGCUUUCAGUGUGUGGUAUCCUCAUGGUUUUCUCGCUAAGAUGGGACUCAUAGAUUAUUCUGGUGGCUACGUCAUUCAUUUGUCUUCAGGCGUAGCCGGUUACACAGCAGCAUAUUGGGUCGGUCCACGUCUAACGAAAGACAGAGAGAGAUUUCCUCCAAACAACAUCCUUCUUAUGUUAUUUGGGGCAGGAUUGCUUUGGAUGGGCUGGACAGGAUUUAAUGGAGGAGAUCCUUAUGUAGUAAGCAACGAUGCUUCUUUGGCAGUCUUGAACACUCAUUUAUGUACUGCUACUAGCUUGCUUACUUGGGUCGCACUUGAUAUCAUAUUUUUCCGCAAAGCUUCUGUUAUUGGUGCAGUUCAAGGCAUGAUCACUGGUUUAGUAUGCAUCACCCCAGCUGCUGGGGUGGUGCAAGGAUGGGCAGCAAUAAUAAUGGGGUUAUGCUCGGGCUCAAUUCCUUGGAUAACCAUGAUGGUUAUCCACAAGAAUUCAGAACUGCUUCAAAAGGUUGACGACACAAUGGCGGUUCUGCAUACACAUGCCAUUGCUGGUAGCCUUGGUGGUAUCCUCACAGGCCUUUUCGCUGAGCCGAAGCUAAACAGGUUGUUCUAUGGGUCCUCUGGACACUACAUUGGCCUAUUUUAUGGCUUCCAUGACAAAAGCAGAAUUGGCUCCGGGGUUCGACAGAUGGGAGUUCAGUUUACAGGAAUCCUGUUUGUUGUCUUUGUUAAUGUGUUGACUACUAGCAUAAUAUGUAUUUUGAUACGACUGGUGGUGCCACUAAGAAUGUCUAAUGAGGAUUUGGAGAUUGGUGAUGAUGCUGCUCAUGGUGAAGAAGCUUAUGCCAUCUGGGGCAAUGGAGACAGACAGGAAAACUCUUUUUAUCGAGGUUCGAUUAAUCCUAAAAUUGAGCUGCCAGUGAACACAAAUAGGGCUGCUCGUCGAGCUGAGAAGACAUAG